CUUUAGGCGGGUGCGGCUUUGGAAUUGUGGAUAUUUUUCUUUCAUCUUCACAUCACUUCACGCUCUGAUCGACCUCAUCGCCGUCAUGUCUACCCCCUCGACACCUGGCGCAAAGCCAGAGAAGACCAUGUCUUCUCGUCUGCUGACGAUGAAGUUCAUGCAACGCGCCGCGGCUGAAAAGUCCACGCCGCAGUCUUCUGGUGAGACUUCCACUACGCCAAUCUCGAAGCGCCAAAGACUUUCGACGGGAUCGGUACAAAGCCCGUCGACCCCUCAAUCGGAUAUGGACGCUGUCGCAGCCGCCCUGGCUGCCGAGGAGGAAAAGCGGAAGGAAGCGCUUGCUCGACAAGCCGCGGAGUCGGGUGAUACGGAAUGGGUGCUGGAUUAUGGCUUCGACGCACCUGCACCCCAGCCGUUUGUCGUCGCCGACAGCUCCUUGGAUGCGGAUGAUGAUGAGAUGGUUUACGGUGGUCGACAGGCCUAUGGCAACUACAAGCGAAAGAAGAAGAGCGCGGUCAGUGCUAACGGUCUCUAUGACAUGACGACAGUCGAUGCCCACUAACACGCAUAGCAGGCCGGAGGAGGUGAAGAGGAAUCUGAUGAGGAUGACGACAGCGAAGCUGACCCUAAUGAUAUGGACGCCAUGAUUAAGAAAGCAAAGAAGAAAG